ACAGCGUUGCAGUUCAUUUCAUCAGCAUAGAUGUGGUCAGUGGGUUCUGAAUAGGUGUAGUUAUUAAAUGUACAUACUGUAAUUUAAUUAGCCUACUUAUGUUGUCUAACAGACGUCAAGUCUUGUUAUCAAGGCUAUCUUUUUGUCUGCUGGAGAAAGACAGGUAAACACAAAAGGCAGCUCUUCCCGUGAGGGUGGUUGGACGCUGGAACAAGGAGUGGUGGGAUGUUCAUCCACAGAGACAUUCAGAACUCAACGGGACAGAGCCCUGCACAGCCUGAGCCUGUUGGGCCAGCUCUGACUGGAGGGAAGGCUCAACUAGGUGACCUUGAGAGGUCCCCUACAGCCUCAAUUGUUCUGUAAUUCCAAAAGGAGACUCCAUUAGUUCCUUCUGUCUACUCUUGUUUAAAACAAAAAUAAAUACAAGGAGAAUGAAUUGUUGUCUUUCUGAAGUAGUUCCGAACUUCAGUAUUUUGCAUUAAGUUCCAGUUAAGUUCCAGCUUUCCUCUUGCUUCUGAGGACCUUCAUGUGAUGGUAUUAGAUCACUCGAAAAAGUGCGUGUGUGUCUGUGUGUGCUUUUUUCCCCUCUUAAAUCGGGCUCCCUGUGCCCCUUUCUCCCACCAAAAAAAAACGGAUGCCAUAUAAAGAGAGUGCUGUAUUCCUCCAUUUCACUGCUGCAGUUGCCAAGUGCCCUCUCUGUCCUAUAAAGGGACACAAUCCUAGUGUCUCCCUUUAGCUGGGAUAAUAGAUUUUCUCUUAUUCAUGUUUCUCUUUUGCUCUUUUUCUUUAUGGAAGAGAGUCAGCUGUUGACCCUUCCUCUGCAUCUGACUCUGUGCUCCUUUUUUCCUUCCUUUUCCCAUUGUCAGUAUUUGUCCUGCCCUGCCACCUUCCUGCUUCUCUUCCCUUUUCUGGCUAGAGACAAAUCAAUGUGUCCAUAUGUACUGGAAGGAUGGACAUAAAUGGAAUAUUAUCUUGGUGAAGGGGAUAUUGCUGCCUGCAGUCAGUUCUGUAGACAAAGAGGUAAUCUGCUCCAGUUCAUGGCUCUACUGAUACAUGUUGGAGCUCUCCAUUUGCACUAUUCCUGUCUUCCUUUCUAGUUUCUUCCAAAGUCGAUAGCUUUCAGCUUAUUGAGCAAUAUACCAAACAGAUUUUGCCAGUUGAGCCAAGUGCAGAAAACUUUCUAAAUAUGUUGGUUUUGUGAUAGCGGCGUAUGUUUAAGAAAAGAGAUUAAAAUGUGAUCCUAUAGGUAUUUCUUUUUGAACUGAUAUACUCUAACUUUUUGUAGGAAAUUGGUAGCAUAGCCAAUUAUUAGUAAUACAGGCUGAACUGUGCUUGUGACAGGAAACCAAACUGAUGAAAGUAAUUCCAUUUUUAGCAUCUUGGUAGUGGAAAACAUAGGUAUAGGACUAAGACGGUAAUGAGAUAUUUUGGGUAGUAGCAUGAGUUAAGGUUUAGUUAGCAAGUAUGGAAAUAGAGUGAGUUUAAAAAGAUGUGUUACUAGGAAUCCUUUGAUGCAAUGGAAACAGAUAGGUGUCAUUUGUCUACAUAUAGUUUUGCAUGCUCUUAUUAUAUGGAAUGUUGAGUGUUGUAAAAGGGACGUUAUCUAAAGAUGAUGUGGAAGUUCUUCAGCUAGUAUCGCAGUCAUGCCUCAAUCAAAAUUUUGCACUUAACAUGUUUUUAGCAACUGUAGACAGUUGAAGCAGGUAGUAAUGUUUGUUUUCAGGCAGACAUUUUAUUUCAUGUAUCUGAUGCAAAUAGUACAAUAAUACAUGUCUGUUGUGUUGUUUUGUAUCUAGGAAUACAGAAAUUGUAUUUUAGGGUGAACAAAAUGAAGUGAUAGUGAUGGACAAGAUGUCAGAAAGGUGUUGUGUUUCAUAUCUAUCUAAAUGUGUUUACAUAGUGGUACCUCUUAAAUACGUAUGGGCAUUCUGGAUAGGUGAAUGCAGUGCCUUUGGGCAUGUGACAUAGCAGCCGUGAUGUAGUACCAUUUGAAACCUGCACAAAGCUGCAGAAGGCUGCAGCAUCAGAUGUCACUAGUAGAUUUGGGAAAGAAACUUUUAGAAGCUGCACGAGCAGGUCAGGAUGACGAAGUUCGCAUUUUGAUGGCAAAUGGAGCACCUUUUACCACAGAUUGGUUGGGAACAUCUCCACUUCAUCUAGCAGCACAGUACGGACACUACUCAACAACAGAAGUGUUGCUGCGAGCAGGUGUAAGUCGGGAUGCCAGAACCAAAGUUGACAGAACUCCGUUACAUAUGGCAGCAUCAGAAGGCCAUGCCAGCAUAGUGGAAGUCUUACUUAAGCACGGUGCUGAUGUCAAUGCGAAGGACAUGCUCAAAAUGACUGCACUUCACUGGGCUACUGAACAUAACCACCAAGAAGUUGUAGAACUCUUAAUCAAGUAUGGAGCAGAUGUUCAUGCUCAGAGUAAAUUUUGCAAAACGGCAUUAGAUAUCGCAGUAGACAAUGGAAAUGAAGACCUUGCAGAAAUACUACAGAUUGCAAUGCAGAACCAAAUCAAUACGAAUCCAGAGAGUCCGGACACUGUGACGAUACACGCAGCAACACCACAGUUCAUCAUUGGACCUGGAGGGGUGGUGAACCUAACAGAUGAAACAGGAGUGUCCGCUGUACAGUUUGGAAAUUCAUCAACGUCAGUAUUAGCCACAUUGGCAGCUUUAGCAGAAGCAUCAGCUCCACUGUCUAAUUCUUCAGAAACACCAGUUGUGGCCACAGAAGAAGUUGUGACUGCGGAAUCUGUGGAUGGUGCUAUUCAGCAAGUUGUCAGUUCUGGAGGUCAGCAAGUUAUUACUAUAGUUACAGACGGCAUUCAGCUUGGAAAUCUGCAUUCGAUUCCAACCAGUGGAAUAGGGCAGCCAAUCAUUGUGACCAUGCCAGAUGGACAGCAAGUAUUAACAGUUCCAGCAACAGACAUUGCUGAAGAAACUGUGAUAAGUGAAGAACCACCAGUGAAGAGACAGUGCAUUGAGAUUGUUGAAAAUCGCGUGGAGUCUGCAGAAAUAGAAGAAAGAGAAACUCUUCAGAAACAGCUGGAUGAGGCAAACAGAGAAGCACAAAAAUACCGUCAGCAGCUUCUAAAGAAAGAACAAGAAGCAGAGGCCUAUCGGCAGAAGUUAGAGGCAAUGAACCGCCUCCAGACUAAUAAAGAAGCAGUUUAAUAAAAAAUGAACAUACUGCAAAGCCUGUUACUUUCAAAAACCUGCAGUACAAUCUUGAACUGUACGCUAUAUAGGUACAGCCACAGGAUUACAUGAUAGAGAAGAUGCUACAAGUUGAUAACUGGACUUAAGCCGUGAGCUCUGAUGAAUUUCUUGUAACAUAAAAACUCUGAAUUUAGAAAUUGUGAAAAGUAUUUAAAAUGAAAUACUGUAAAUAGUUGUUUUUUUUACAGUUUCAAAAUGAGUUGAUAAAUCUUUUUGAAGGGAUCCAGAAACAUGAGAAGCCAAUGUUUUUGUGAAAUUUUUGAUUUUAGUAUGAAUCUAACUUCUGAAAAACAGAACAGUUUUAAGGGUGAUGUUGUUGAUUUAAGCUGACAACUUGAAAAUUAAUUAUGUGGCAAAAUGAGUUAACAGUUAUUUCUACACGGUAACAACGUAAACUUCUCUGAAUAAGACAUUUCCAGGUGGAAAUCUUUGUACAGCUUUAAAUAGUUGUCUCAGAUUCUCUGAAAACCAUUUUUGGUUUGGUUUUUUUUUUUUAUUUUAGGCGGUGAAAUUUUUAUAUUUAAUUUCAGAUAUAUCCAAGUAGAUUUACAUGUAUAUGAAGCUAAUAUUUUUUAAACUUUUCAGUUUGUACAUAUGCUGCAUGUUUUUAUAAUUUCUACACGUACAUCUUGCAUAGGUAUUUUUCAGCAAAGACGAGAAAAAUUAUGAGAAAAAUGUUUAGCCUAUAGGUCAUUUGAAGUAAGCUAGCAGCCAGUUUUAUUGUGGAUGGUAUAUUUCUUGGAAGAAUGUAAUUUGUAAUUAAAAAGAACAAAAAAUAUCUUAAUUUACAUAUUAGAGGCAAUUUAAAAUUUGGUAGUGGAGGCAUUGAAACUUCACUUUGUGCGUCUUACAAUUUUUCUGUACAAACAUUUUAAAGUUCAGUAACAAAUAGAAACGAAUGUCUCCACUGGAACACAAAUAGUAGUUCUUUUAGAAUAUUCCUAUUGAUCUGUUUUCCCCAAUAGCCUUGAAAUUAUUUCAGUGAUACAUUUUUUCUAAACGGACUUUUGCAUUUUAAUUAUGCAAUUGGACAAUAAUUUUUUAUGUUGUAGUGAUGCUCUUCUUACCUGGCAUCAUUGUUCUUCACUGUGAUACCGUGUUUGUGUGCGUCUGUGCAGUGAUCUAUUAUGCUUAGGAUUUAUAUAGCACGUUACAUCUUCAGAGCAUUGUAAAAUCUUUUAAAGAGCCCUUACUGUACUGCCUGAGGCAGGUAAGUGAGUGUUAUUGUCUCAAUUUUAUAACUGGUAUAAGCGCAACACAGGGAGUGUUAAAUGACUGGCCCAAGACCACGUGAAUCUGUGGUAGACCUGGGAAUGGGUCUCGGAAGUUUCUGGCUUCUAGUCCUGUGCUUAGACUGAGCUGCCUUAAGACUGUUCAGUGCUGUGUUACAUUAAAUUUUGAACUACUGUGCAGAUUCCUUUUUUUGUAAGAUAAAACUCUUUGUGCUUUGCUUUGUUGUUCCAUGUUUCACUGCUUUUAUGGAAUUGUUUAUAUAAACUUAAGCAAAAAGUCUAGUUUACCUAUACUGUACACAGAAGAAUUACCCUUAAAACUGUACUCUGGCCUACUUUUUCUAUUUUACAAUUAAAUAUCUUUUCCACAUA